UUUGGCAGGGAAAAAAAAUUACAUCUGGUCUAAAUGGAAGUAAACAAGACCCGAGAGUCUUUUUCUCUGUGUAAAGCCACUUCCCCAGCAGGUGUGUUCAGGCAGUGACAGAAGGGCUAUAAAGGGACCCCAAGAUGCUCAUACCCACACUUUGAUUGAGAAAUGGCCGCACAGAGUUUGCUGCAGUACCUGGGCUCCAGCUCGCUGCUCUGGAUUGCAGCAGGGCUGGUCGCUCUGCUUUACCUCCUGACCAGCUCGAAGAAGUCGGUUUGCAAUUUGCCUCCUGGGCCGCGACCUCUUCCUCUGAUCGGAAACUUGAACGUGGUGGACCUGAAAAAGCCGUUCCAGUCGCUGACAGAGCUCUCCAAGAUACACGGCAAUGUCUUCACUGUGUAUUUUGGACCCAGGAGAGCUGUGGUACUGGCUGGAUACGAAACCAUCAAGGAUGCCCUUUUAAAUCAUGCUGAAGAAUUUGGAGAGAGGGCAGAAAUACCCAUAUUUAGGAAAAUGACAGAAGGAAAUGGCAUAGCAUUCAGCCACGGAGAGCUAUGGAAAACUAUGAGAAGAUUCACUUUGUCCACACUGCGAGAUUUCGGAAUGGGAAAGAGAACCAUUGAGAUCCGAAUCCUGGAGGAAGUAAAUUCCCUCAUCAAAUAUUUUGAAUCCUAUCACGGGAAACCAUUUGAUACAAAGAUGAUACUCAACAAUGCUGUAUCCAAUGUCAUCUGCUCUAUAUUGUUUGGCGAGAGGUUUGAAUAUGAUGAUCCUGCGUUUCUAACUUUGUUGAAGCUGAUAAAUGAAAAUACUAAGCUGUUGGGCUCCCCUAUGGUGCUGCUAUAUAAUUUCUACCCAUCCCUUGGAUUUCUCUCUGGAGCUUCCAAGACUGUGCUACAAAACGUCAGUGAACUGAACGCUUUUCUCCAGAAGCUCUUCCAGGAACACAAAGAAGAGUUUAAUGAAAAUAACUUAACAGGCUUCGUUGAUGCCUUUCUGAUGAAGCAACAACAGGAAUCAAAGAAACCCCACACUAUGUUCAACAACAAAAGCCUGUUGUUUUCAACUCUGGACCUCUUUGCUGCUGGGUCUGAGACUACUUCUACGACUGUGCGCUGGGGUCUUCUUCUGAUGAUGAAAUACCCAGAAAUUCAAAGAAAGAUUCAGGAAGAAAUGAACCACGUCAUUGAACCAGGAAAACUGCCUAAGUUGGAGGACCGGAAAAAAAUGCCUUACACAGAUGCAGUGAUACAUGAAAUACAAAGGUUUGCCAAUAUCGUCCCAAUGGGUGUAUCACGAUCAACUCCUACCGACGUGAAUUUCCAUGGCUAUUUGAUUCCUAAGGGUACAGAGAUUAUUCCGCUGCUGACCUCCGCUCUAAAUGACGAGUUGCACUGGAAAACCCCGGAUCAGUUCAACCCUUCCCACUUCCUGGAUGCCGACGGGAACUUCAUUAGGAGAGAGGCGUUUAUUCCAUUCUCCAUAGGACGAAGAGCUUGCGUUGGAGAAGGACUGGCCAAAAUGGAGCUGUUCCUCUUCUUUGCGGGCUUGCUCCGCAAAUUUGUUUUCCAGCCACCUCCAGGAGUGGAUACGUCAGACCUAGAUCUCACCGCCGAUGUCGGCUUCACCUUGAACCCCAUGCCUCACCUGGUUUGUGCUGUGCCCUAUGAAUGAUCAAACGACAUGGAGUCAGAGUAGUGAACACUUCGAGCUUGAAAGUCUAGUUACAGGGGAAAAAAGCUGUCUGUACCUGAGCUUUAGGUGAAGGAAGACACCGUGCACUGCUAUUUUUCUCUCAUUCAUGCCAUUCUUUCCAACAGCUCUUGCGGUGUCUGUGUAACGCAAACCCUUCAGACGCCCCUGAGUACUGCUCUCAGGAACAGUGUGGUUCAUUCCCAGAACAGCACAUCAGAGAUGCAGUUUUCAGGGCUGUUUGAAAGAAUGAAAUGGCUUCCAGUCUCCUCUAUAGAUGUAACCCAUCAGGGGCUCUCCCCUGAGAGCCUCCACAGGAAAUUUCUCAGCCCAAAGUCCAAGCUCUACGGCAGAGCUGAUUAUCGAUGGCCCAGCUGGAGACAACAGACACUUAAUGGAUCUAGAAAUCUCCCCAGGACAAUUGUUCGGCUGAGCCUCAGACUGAGCUUCCAUUGUGUGAUACAACCUGCCUUAUCUUUAUUGCAGAGUCCCAGACACGAGGGUGUACCGUGGGCUGAUGCCAAGAGCCAGGCCCAGGACAGUUAUCAGAAAACAUCUAAGGGCUUUGGGAAGUGGGUUCAUUCUGACUCACACCAAGCACUUUAUGCUGAAGAGCCCGUUUAUGAUGGGGCCAGUCCAGCAGCUUUCUGCUUCUAAGGCAGGCAUCGCUACCACCCCCUCACCUCUCCCGGCUACGCGCUGGCUCCGGCAAUUGUCCCAUCCCUUACUGGGCCACCUUAGAUCCCUAAACUGGCAGAAAAUGAGCAGCCACAGGAAGCGAAGGGUUUCUGAAUCAGCGUGGCUAAGGCUGGGCACGAGGCUGAGGCAGCGUGAGGGCGAUGCAGCAGGACUGCCGCGCUCCCGUCGGAGCUGGGAGAGGCUCAGCCUCGGCUCCGCUUGCACCUUCGGAGCCAUAGUUGCUCUCCAGAUCCUCUCUACCCUGCACAGAGGGAGAGAGGCUCUUUCGGUGCAUGGUUCAACUGCCAUUAGCUCUGACUUGCUCACCCCCUCCAUUG